CGUGUCAGUGUUCGUUCAAUUAAACUAACCUAAAAAUGUGUGAACUUGAAAAUUUUAUAAUUAUUAUACAGAAAUGUUGUAGUUUUUUUCAAUUCUUUUCACAUUAUCCAGAAUUUUUACUAAAGAAUAAUAUUUCCAAUAAACGAUCUUAACAUUUUUUUUUAUUUCUUCUAAUUGUAAAAUCAAAAUAAUAACUACGUUGUUAAAAGUGUCUUGUCAAACAUCCAUAACUAUAUAAACACUAACAAUAAACAUAAUAAACAAUUAUGAAUUAUUAAGUAAAAUUAAAUGUCCCCGGUAUGGUCAGUAUUUUGAAAUCAUUCUCUAAUGGAAAAAGAAAAUGUGUUUGGUAGCGUGAUGUGCGUGAGAUAAAAAAUGAAUCAUACAUGGAAGCUACUUUGCUUUGUGAGUAAAAAGAUGAGCAUUACAAUUUAAUUAUUGUUAUUUUCAUAAAAUAUAAAUGAAUCCUCUACACUAGGAUGGCUCAGUAUCGAAUGUAAUAACAAUUUAAAUUUUUGACUCUCAAGACUCAAUCUUUUGAAAAUAAAGAAACUGUAUAUUUGUUUUAAAAGUGAAAAUUUGAUCGAUUUGAUCUAUUCUGCAUCUCUUCUGGAAUCAAGAAUUGUUUAAAUACUUCAUGCUUAUCUCCUUUCUAUGAAUUCAUUAUCAAUAAUCCUAGCAGUCAAUAAAAAGGUCAAGUUAAUUGCUCAGGAAGAAUUGAUAUUUUUUAAUAUUCAUCGACAAUGUCUGCAAAACGUGAUUUACCCGCUGAAAAAUCAACUAAACGAUCAAAUAAAAGUAGAAAAAAUGCUGCCGAAUAUCAAGAGCGAGUACUCAAUCAAGUUCGUGAAAUGUUUGAUUCUAUUUUAGAACCAGACGUUAUUUUAUCAGUUGUUCAAAACUGUAACUGGAAAUUACAACCGUCCAUUGAAUAUUUGAUUAGCUUAUCGGCGAAUAUCAACACUUCCAAAGAGAGUGGCAGUAAUUUUACCAAUUUUGACGAAGAUAUUGAAAAAGAAGAGGAAGGUGCGGUGGCAAGCAGUAAUUCAAACAGAAAUUCAAGUCCGGAGGAGGAUGCUUUUGAAGUCGACACUGAUUUCACGUAUUUAAAUAUUGACGACGAGGAAUUACAAAAGCAAAAAGAUGAAUUCAAAAGGUUUGAAUUAAUGCGAAAACACGGUCAGGAUUGUACUGAAAAUACUCCACUUUCAGACUUCCAAGAUGCUGAUUCAUUUUUUGACAAUUUCUUUGAUAAUUUCGCCUCUUCUAUGAAUAAAGAAGAAGCAUCAUCAACAACUGGCAGUGAUAGACCUGGUAGUUCACGUCAAUUUUUAAAUCAAGGAGACAAUUUAAAAGCAGAUGAACGACGCAAAACAGAAACUGAAUCACUUUGCGGUUUAAAGGUUCAAUAUCGUUUUGGAGGUCCCGAGGCUAGUUCCGAUGACGACGCCGAUGUGGUAAUUGAAAAGGAAAGUAGCAAUGAAACAAUAACAAAUCCCGAGAGUACAUUGACAAACGUUUGUCAAUUUUUGUCACAAUCAACUGAAAGUUCACCGAAAACAACAUUCCCCCAGGUCGAAAUGAUUAGCACCGCUUCGCCCUCAUCAUCGCCUGAAAAAUUCAAGGCCGGUUUCAAUGCCACACAAAGUCGAAUUAAAUCAACAAUUCAACGAGGUUUUAAAAUAAUGGUGAUAGUGCGCGGACUUCCGGGUAGUGGAAAAACUUAUCUCGCAAGAAGUAUUGCUCAAUUGGCCGACGAAGAUAAUCCUGCUCAAUUUAUUUUCAGCACUGAUGAUUAUUUCAUGAAAAAGGGACGAAUUUAUGAUUUUGAUCUAAGAAAAUUGGACGAUGCUCAUACAUUUAAUCAGAAACGUGUUUUAAAAGCAGUGACAAAUGGAAUUAGUCCAAUAAUUGUUGAUAAUACCAAUACUCAAUGUUGGGAAAUGAAACCGUAUGUGAUUUUUGCUGUGAAAUAUGGUUAUUUUCUUGAAGUUCUCGAACCGAAUACACGCUGGGCAAAUAAUGUGAAUGAAUUAACAAAAAGAAAUAUACACAAUGUGCCAAAGUUUACAAUUCAAAAAAUAUUGGAACGCUACGAGAAAAACAUCACUGCGGGUAAAUUGUUAAAAACAUUUGUCUUGAAAUACGAUUCCAGUAAUACUCCACCACAGCCAUGUAGUAAUGAUAGUUUAGCCAAGAAGAAGAAGGAAACUACGGAGAAUGUUAAGAUCAAGAAUAUUCAACGCAAGAAUAAAAUUGUCGACGCUGAGAAAAAAUUGGAACCUCAUGUUCCCGUUAGUGUAUCAACAGCGACGGUCGUCGAUUCCGUUAAAAUUCCAGAGAACGAAAAUUUAACAGCUCUGCAACUCGCUCUCAAAACCUUCGGCGGUGAGGACGACGAUCUAUCGCCAAAGGCAAACGCACAAGAUUUAAUCCAGGACAAAUGGGACGAAAAUGGCACAAGCUGGGAAGAUGAGCAACAAAAAAUGGAAAUCAACAAUCAAGAAUCAAACAAUUUAAGAGAAACCCUCAACUUAGAAUCGUCCAGUUAUCGUCCAUUUGUAUUGAAAGUUGCCGAAAACGUAAUGAACGUUCACGAAGUAAACGAAGUGCAUUCAAACCUCGGUGCCAUUGGUUCCGAGCGUAAGAACAGUUUCAUCAAAAAUUCCCCACCAAAUUCUUCCGAACUCGACAAUAAAAAUGUUCUCUCACAAUGCUGGGAUUUCACUCUCCUCCUCGACGGACGACAAAUUCACAGUGUCGCUCCCGAGAACGAAAAUAAAUCCCCCAACGAAGAAAUUGACGACAGUCCCGAAAAUUCCACAACAUCACCAUCAUCAAUUCAAUCGGAAAAAAGUCCGACCGAAGAAUUAAAAGAGGCUGCCAACGAUAAAGAUUCACCCGACAGUGGCACAAAAUCCUCCACCACCGAAUCUUUCGAACACAUCGAUUCCAACAGUGAAGAUUCGUCAUUCGAAAUUCGUGAUCUAACCGACACAAAGGAAACAACAGAAAACGAAGAAGCUACAAAAAAUUUCGAAACUGAGCAAACUAAUGACGAUUCCGAAGAAAAAGUAAGUUUCGGUUCAAUUAUCAAGUUCAUCAAAAAAUCAUUUUUAGGCAACUCAAAUAAGAAUCUUCCCGAUGAUUCAGAAAUUGUCAUCGACUCACUAAGUGAAAAAUUACAUUCGCCCGUCAAGGAUCACGAUUACUGUAAAACAAAAAAUCUCCAAUACGAACACUUUAGUAUGCCACUUAGUGAUCAUGACUAUUCGAAAACUUCCGAAGACACCGAAACAAAUUCAAACAAAGUAAAAAUAAACUUAAAUGACAGUUUAAGUAAAAAACUCACCGAAUUUUCCCCAGACUCUCCAAAUAAUUCCCAUUUAGUCUACGAAUCUCAGGGCAAUUUCAAAUGUAUCGAUAAUGAAAUAGAAUUUCAAGAUUCUUCCGAAAGUUUCGUCGACAUUUCCACUGGGAACGAGGAAAAAGUAUUAUCAAAUUUCGAGAAAUUAGUUUCCAUUUUAUCUGAACCGAGAGAAAAUUUAGAAACACUUGGCUCUAAAUUCGAUGCAAUAAAUUUUAACGAGGAAAAUGAGAAAUUAAUUCUCGAAGAGAAGGAAAUACCGUAUAAAGAUGGAAAUAUUCCCGAAACACUUCUUCUUCCACUAGAAAAUGAACUUCCAAUAAAAAAGAAGUCUGAAGAAUACGACAAUAUUAACGCAAUUUCAUGGAAAGAAUCGCCAUUUCCGAUCUAUUGCUCCGAACCACCGAAAAAUGUGGAAGAAUUAAAAAUAAUUGACACUGUUGAGGCGGGGACAAAUACGGAUAUCUAUGAUUUUAAUGUACUAUUCGUCGGCGGGACAAAUGAACCCGGUUAUAAAAGAAUGGAUGUCUUCAAUCGAAGUAUCAACGAGGGACAAGUUCCAAAUUUCGAGACACCACCGCCGAGAAAAUUGAAACUCGACAAAAGUUCCAUGACAGACGAAGUUGAUAUUUUGUUACAUUUCCCCAAGGAGAAUGCCGAAGAAGCUGAAAUUCAGGGUUUAAUUGACAUGUUUCCGGAUAUUUCCCGAGAUUACAUAGUCGAUGUUUUUAAAAAUUUGUGUAAAGGCGACUCACAUUGGGCGAUUGAUUUACUUCUCGACGGUGUGCCAUGGGAUGGAAUAAUAAAGUCAAAGGUUUCGGAAUCACCAUCGUCGCCGACAGUUCGAAAAUCGGAGAAUUCUAAGUCACUGAACAUUGAUUCGAACGAAAAUGGUUGUCAAAAUCGUAGAAAGGAAAAAUCUCUCGUCACUGAAGAUAUUUUGGCAUUGCAGAAGCAUCUCGAGGAGAAGGUGACGAUGAGUGAGGCGUCUUAUCAUCCACAUACGUUGCGCGUGAGAAAAUGGAGGAAUGGCGAACCAGAUGUUUCCACUGAGGAGAUUAUUAAGGAGCAAGCGAAAAAUAAAGAUUUUCUUCAGUUUGCCAGUGAUUCGAAUUCAGUGUCGCCGACAAAUUCCGAUGAGAAUAAUGUAAAGGAGAAAGAUGAGAGUGACAGUGAUGAAUCGUCGGAAUCUGAUGAAACAAUGGCAUUCGAUUUGGGUUGGGAAUUUAUUAAAAAUCUUGAAUCACAAUUUGGUAAUAAUGAUUUUCAUAUGCCUGACGGUCUAUUCCCAGUGAUUCAAUUGAAGAAAUCAUUGGCACAAGAAAUUUAUGCUCUUUGGAUUGAAUCGAUGCAGCAGCAAAUGGAUGAUCAGCAGGAGCAAUUGGAUGCAAUGAUUGCAAAAGACGCCGAAUAUGCAAAAUCGUUGGAAGAAGCAGAAGCUAAAGCUUUUAAUGAAUCGAAAGCUCCAAGUUUGAAUGAAGUCAUGGAUAUGGAAUUAGCUCUAGGAGUUUAUAAAAAUGACCUGAAAAAGCAGCAAGCGAGAGAAACUUCAAACGAUUUGGCGUCUCGUUUAACGAGACAAAUGUUAAAUGAAAUGUUCCCAAAUUUUGAUCCCGAAACAUUGAGCGAAAUUUUAAAGGCACAUAAUGGAAAUUUCAACGAGACUGUCGAAGUUUUAGAGGCGAGCACAGGACAAUCUUUAAGCUCAACAGAUGCUUUAGAUAAACAAAACAGUAUAAUUGCAAAACUAAAACAGCAAAGUUUGUCGAAAGAGGAUUCAAAAUCGACAAAAGCAACGAGUUCAAAAACUACAAAUUCAGAGUCUAACGAAUUGACAUAUGAGCAGGUAUUGGGUUCUGCUUAUUCAUCGAGAAGAGAAGCAGAAAGAGAAUUUUCAUUGCGUAAUGAAAAUUUUAAUAAAGCAGCUACAGCCCAUAGAAAUGGAAAUCCUGCUGUUGCUUCAUAUUAUUCUGAAAUGGCUAAAUUACAUUCGAAGAAAAUGGAAAGUGCCAAUUCAGCGGCGGCUAGUGCAUUCCUAGCGGCUCAAACUCACAUUUUAGGCGAGGAAAACACUCUGGAUUUACAUAAUUUAUUUGUCCCAGAAGCAUUGCAGGCACUUGAUAUAUUUUUGGAUCAUCAAUUGGAACUUUUAAAUAGUCGAAAUAAAAGAUCAGUGGAAAUAUUAAUUGUUACUGGUCGUGGUGCUCGGAGCAGUAAUAAUAAAAGCAAAAUAAAACCUGCGGUAUCGAAAAGACUUACUAGCAGAAAUAUUGGUUUUACCGAAAUGAAUCCUGGAUGUUUGAAAGUGAGACUCUAUCGACGUAACUCUUCUACGUAGAUAUUCUUCAUACAGAAAUAAUUUUUAAUCCUAAUUUAAUCGAGUUAUACAUUAAAAAAAAAUAUUUUUCCAAAAAUCCUAUUUUCGUAUUUUGUAAGGUUUUUUCUUCGUUAUUUUUUCUAGAUUGUAUAAAGACAAUUUAAUAUCGAGUCCUUCGUAAAAUGAAGUUCUCUCAACCUCAUUAAUGAGUACAUCGAAUUAAUAAUAUAACUGCAUAUAUUUGAAAAGAAUUGCAGAUAAAAAAAAAGAGAAUGUUCUUUUUCAAAAAAGAAAAAGAAUGAUAAUAUAAGCCUUACAAAUUUUAUAUACGAAAGAAAGAUUGAGGAAUAUUUUUCCAUUAUAGUUUUUAUACGAAAUUAUUAUGGAUUGUUUGAGAGGUAAUACUUUCGUUUUAUAUAUAACAUUUAAUCGUCAAUGAUCAUUUAUUAAUUAUUUUUUAUUAAAUUGAAACCUAUUUUACGAAUUUGAGAAAAAUUAUUUUUUUAUAUUAUAUAUAUUAUGCAUGCUUGAAAUUGAUGUAUUUUAAUGAUUUAUUUUUUAUUGGAAUUUUUAUAGUUCAUUGUUUUUUUUUAAGAUGAAGAAAUAUAAUCGACUUUAAUUAUUCAGUUAAUUUAUAGGAAAUUAAAUGAUUAUGAUUAAAAAAAAUGAAUCACUUAGAUGUGCAAAUAAACGUAUUUUAAAUAAAUAUAUAUUUUAUAAUCAUCGAUGAAAAAAAAAAUGUUAUUUUUAGUAAUUUGAAUAAUGAAUCAUAUCUACGAUCAAAUGCCGAAGAGUGUUAAUUUUUUAAGUUCGUUAAAAUGAUAUAUUAUAUAUGAUAUUGAAAAAAGUUAUAAUUAUUACAAAUUUGUGAAAUUACAUGUUUUUUAACUUUUA